AUUCGCGGGAGAGCGAGGGAAACCUGAGCCGGCCGCCCCGCCCUGGGAACCCGACGCCCCAAAGCCUGGGAUUAGGGGCUUGGAGGCUGGCCCCACGCUCUGGCCAGGUGUGCGGGACUCGACCAGGUGCGCGGCCGCCCCGCCCCAGGCCCCGGGAGCCCUACGUAAUGGCUGAGAGCCGGGGACCAGGCUGCGGCGGGGGCCCAGGCAGCGCUCUGAGGCGGGCCACGCCACCAGCUGUCUGGCUCCCCCAGGACGGUCUGCGGGGGCCCGGGGCGGGGCGGGUGGCAGGUGCAGACACCGGAGCCGCGCCGGGGGACGGGUCCUCCUGGGACAAUUGGCAUCGGCCUGCUCCCUCAAACUCCCGCGCUGGGGCGGCCGACCUGCGCCGUGCCCUCCGGGACGCAGGGGGCGCUGUCGGCGCGCUGCGGUGGGCUCCGCCACGACCCCGCUGACCCAGCGCCGGCCUCCCUGCUUGCCGGUCCGACAUGGUCGCCGCGUUCGUGCUUCCCGGCCUGUGCCGAGCGCGGGCAGUGCUACGCUGUUCUCCUGCCGAGCUGCUGAGGGCCCCACGGCGAGGGCAUCGGCUCACGCCGGCGGACGACGAGCUGUACCAGCGGACGCGCAUCUCCCUGCUGCAGCGCGAGUCCCCGCAGUCCAUGUAUAUCGACAGCUACAGCAGCCGCGGCUUCACGGUCAAUGGAAAUCGCGUGCUUGGGCCCUGCGCGCUGCUCCCGCACUCCGUGGUGCAGUGGAACGUAGGAACUCACCGGGACAUCACCGAAGAAAGCUUCUCCCUCUUCUGGUUGCUGGAGCCCCAGAUAGGGAUCGUUGUGGUGGGCACCGGAGCCCGGACUGAACGGCUGCAGCCCCAGGUGCUGCAAGCCCUGCGGCAGCGGGGCAUCGCCGUGGAAGUGCAGGACACGCCCAAUGCCUGUGCCACUUUCAACUUCCUGUGUCAUGAAGGCCGAGUAACAGGAGCUGCUCUUAUCCCUCCACCCGGAGGGACUGUGCUCACAGGCUGCGGAAGGAACCACCAGGAACUGAGCUCACCUGUCCAGGAAGGCGCUGGCACUUCGCGCAGUGCAGGGGUUUCCAGCGCUUUCAUUAGCCCUUCCCCUUUGGCACUGUAACACUUGUCUUUCUUGCCAGCAAAUUAAUAAUUUAAUCCACCUUU